AUGCCGAGACGCGUGCAAGCAACAGAGGGUGAAGAUGAUUUGAGAUUUGUUCAAGUAUUCCCCUGUCGAUGUGUGAUCUCGUCUGGAUUUUUUUUGUUUGUUUAUCCGGAUUUUUUAACCUUUUCCUUCUUCUUUAAUGGAUCCAAGGUGGCAAUGAACAUGCUGCGGUGUACUAUACUAUACACUUUCCUAACCUUUCUUUGUCAUUGGGCAAAUGCGGAGCAGCCGGUGUCAUAUCCUAUUCAAUGGGACAAUGUCGCACCAAACCCGCCCAGUCCGCGGAAUCUGGCAUCACCUUACAUUGGUAAGUGCAUAUGCGACUCGACAUGGGGCUCUUGUGACCCCAAUUGUUGCUGUGACAUAGAUUGUACAUUGGAGGAGAAAAAGAUGUUUCCAUUUUGUCUCCAGGAAACGAUUGGAUCCCCUUCUAUUGAGUACUGCUAUGCGCAGAGGCAGGACAAAAAAGUUUUUCAGGCUUCUCAGCGGUACCUUGACAAGGUUCAUAGAGGCAAGAGAGCUGUUUGCAUUGUGAGAGCCAAUAAUAUUAAGGAUAUGGAUCCUUUUUUUAUCCUUCCAAAGGCAAUCUCAAAACCUAGUGAUAAAUUGGUCGAUGAUUGGGAUGGGCCAAAAGAAGCAAAUGACUACGUGGUGAAUGGUGAUUUACUACUGAUGAAACGCAUAGAGGUUGCUACGGCGAUUCACGAAAUGAGAACUAUGGGAUUGUUUCGCAUUCCCUCCGGAAGGCAGGAUGGGUCCUGCACUGUAGAAGGGCGCCGUGUACGAUUUAUGAAUCCCAUAGACUCUACAGUGUGUGUACUAUCUGGUGCAAAGGUUUGUGCGCUUUUUCCAACAAACAUUUACGCAAAUUUGUUUUUGGGGGCUCCGGGAUCGUCGGUUUCCCAGAAUUUCACACCCAUACAACUACAAUUUUUUGACGAUGUUUCCGGUAAAUUGCUUGCCCAGGUGAAUGCAACUUCAAGCCUUCCUGAAGUUUACCGUUCAGUCAUUAUCGGGAAUGUUUGCAAGAAUGGCGUUGUUCGGGCUCAGACGCUUCUGGUUUAUAAUUCAACUGACAUUGGGCUUUCCUUGAUGAAUGCAACAACAAGGUUAUACCUUCGUGACAUAGACAAAGAAACACUGGCAUCCAUGCUGUUUCAGGUAGAGUUUUCUCGGUUAGGUGGUAAAACGCCGGCCAGCUAUUUUUCGGGUACUCCAGGCUAUUCCGAGGGUGCGCGUGUACGGGCGGGUACGUUGUUAGAGGAGAAGGGCAAGACCGCAAUAUCUGAAAGAGUUUCCGGAUUUUCCAUCCCUAGUGGCGACAUCUCUUGCUAUAAGAACAAGUAUCGUAGUGUGGGUUUUUUAUAUGAUGUUGUAAGCAGUGGAUGUACGAUUUCUCUUUCUGAAUUGGAUUUACGUCAUAUCUGUGCAGGAAAAGGGACGAGUGAAAUACUUAGAAAUAUUCUUAGUAUACACGUGAAGCACUCCUCCAGCUUUGAUGGAGAAACAAAACCUAUUAACUAUGUAGCUCGUACAAAUGAUGCACUGGCAAACGAUACCACAAGCUGGGUAAAAAUAGUUGGAAUGAACUUCAGCGACAUUGAACCUGCACCCUACGACGCCGUGAGGAGGCAAUGCAGCAACAUUUACGUUGGGCUGCGCUACACGUUUGUUGUCUCGAGGGUUGGGGCCGUGUUUAAUCCGCAAGACGUCAUUGUGGCUGCUUUUGCUGACCCCAUUAUUGGUAGUUGGCGGAUUCGGAACAAAAUGGAUUUCAGCGAGGCCGCCGUUUCCACACAGCGGUUUCGUUUCUUGGUUACAUUUAGAUGGACUAACGCGGGUUUACAGAAAACAGGUCAUCGCCGGGUUACUGCUCCACCGAUUUUUCCCCCUUUGGAUGACACGAUCUUCUACCCCUUUAGCCCCCCUGGAUAG